AUGGCCAUCCUGAAGCAAGGCUCAGCUAGACAAAAUGCUUCCCAAAUCCAACGGGAACUUCUCCUAAAAGCCCUCUUUCAAAAGUGGGACAGUGAUGGCUCAGGCUUUCUGGAUCUGAAGGAAAUUGAUGAACUCUUGUAUACAUACAAGGAAGGAAUGGAAAAAGAAUCUAUGAAGAAAGCUAAACUGCAUGUCCAAUUUCCAAAGCUACACCCUGGGCACGAAGUGAGGUUGUCUUCCAAACAGUUUCAGAAAUACAUAGAAUUGGUUGUCUCUGAACUCAGGGGCAAUGAAGAAGAAGUUCUGGAAAGCGUUGUGGAGUUUCUGAUGAACUCUUUAGAAAGGAGCCAUGUUGAAAGUCUGAGGAAUUGUGCCAGACAAAAGUGGCUGCACCAAAUCCAGCGUGCUGCAGAAACAAGUGGUGUGUCCUUGGAACCAGUGUACACCGAGACCUUUAAGGCCCUCACCCAGGAUGCUGAAACCCAUGGAAAUAAGAAGAUCAGUGCUCACAUUUCCCUCUUAGAAGAAAACCUCCUUCUGCCCGAUAGAGGGAACGUUCUACUGAGGAAUGUAGCUUGUACUUUAGACGAUGCUCCGUUUGUUCUGAGAAAAGUGCUCUACAGGGACAUGAAGGGGAUCAGCUUUACAGUAGUGGAUGAAGGGAAGCCAAUACACGUCCCCCAAGUUCAGCACCAUGGGAACGUCUACUUCUGGAACCAUUCCCGCAAGAAGAGCGAUCACAGUGGGUCAUUCCUGGCUCUGCCCCUUCAGGACGCAUAUAUGAGGAUAUUUGGGGUCUUGGCUGUUGACACUCUAAGAGAUCCCCAGAAAAUUAACAUCUUCCUACCCCAUGAGAUCAGAUUCUAUCAGGGUGUUGCCAAUGUCUUUAGUGCUGCCUAUCACUACGUCCACAGCCGGGAGCACAUCCUUCAUAUUGUGAUCACUGGCAUCGGCUGGCUUUACAACAUCACACCCAGCAUCACUGCCAUCUCUACGUACUUUGCUGAACCCAACUCAGAGAAGGAUUCAGACUAUGUUUUACGAAAUAUGAUGGUCACAGGGGCGCAGGGUCUAACAGAAAUCCACAAGAAUCCCUCUGUCAUCUUUAGGAAGACAUGCAUCUUCAGAGAUUUCCUCUUUAAGUGCACAGACAGCUCAGAAGUUGUCUUGGCCUCUGUCUGUGGAGAAAACCACAUCGUAGUUCCACUUCGUGAGAGAACAGGAGAAGCUUUGGGAGUUCUCGAUGUUAACAUUGGCAAGAGGAAGAUGUUGUUGUAUCGAGAGUUUAAAGACCUACAGAAAAUGCUGAAGGUGAUCCAGCUUGCCUGCAGUGAAAUACUGGGCGAAUUAUCUGGAGAAAUAAAGAAAAACUACAUCCUAGAGAUUGAAAAUGAGGGAGAAGUCCAGCGGGCAGGCGUUCUCUUCUUCAGAGUCAUGCUAGGGGAGCUACAGGAGUGCCUCGGGCUGCUUACAUCCUCAGACUUCGUGUCGCUGUUACUGUACGAUUAUGACCCUGUGGCAGAGGACGAAGCCCCACCAGACAGCCAGUCCCAGGAUCUGAAAGCCAACAUAAAAUUAGUACAAGACAUCCUGAAAGCGAUUAUCGUGUUCUUUCAUCCAAAACUGCAAUCAAGUGACUUAGAAAGUUGGGAUCGCUGUAAACUGUACGUAAACCAACAGUUAGUCGAAUAUAUUUGUGACUUUGAUCCAACUGCUAUGGAACUGAAAGUUAAUUUAGAGCUCAUUGUUGAAUACAUUGAAGAUCAUUCUCGAAUCGAAGUAUGGAAAUUUGGUAAUGCUGCCAUCGAAUACUUAUACCACUGGGCACACAUCUGUUUAGCUCUCAUAAAGCUGAACAAAAAAAUAAGUAGUGCUAUUAUUUCACCCCCAUUGCCAACCAAGACUGACUCCUAUGUGUACGCAAAAAUGCCAGGGGGAAGCUUGCCAGGAAAAUGAUAAUGGAAUUGCGACUGUAUUUAGGGUAUUUUUGUCAUAUUCAGUUUUGCUUGUUAACUAUAAAAAUAUUUUCAGUUGGAAAGGAUUGCCACAUAGACCUAUUUUUCUCCUAGACCUUUACCUCAGCACUUUCUAAAACCAAAAGUGCCUCCGAAGGAGAAAUUUGAUCUAAGAAAAUUUCCAGUUCAGGUCGCCAUAACCAAAUGUAUGUUAUAGAAUAUAUUUUAAAGUUUCUUUUUCGAUUUAGCAUUUUAUCUGCUGUGGGCCUAUUAUGGUUGGUUGAGCGAAUUAUUGUAAUUCUUUUCAGGUACAAAGUAAAGAACAGACUGAGUAUUUAGGGGGAAAAUGGCAGUUUUUACAUCAAAAGAGCACUGUUUUUACCUCAAAAAAAUAUAAUAAAGGUUUAAAGAAAUGGA